GCGGUGGCAGGCCGGCUCUCGUGUGUGAGGAAAGGGAGAGUGGGCCGCUGGCAUUUCGCACCUAGGCGCUCGCCACGAUGAGCAGCACCCUAGCUAAGAUCGCGGAGAUCGAAGCCGAGAUGGCUCGAACUCAACGGAACAAGGCCACAGCACACCACCUAGGGCUGCUCAAGGCACGUCUGGCUAAGCUUCGCAGAGAACUCAUUACUCCAAAAGGUGGUGGCGGCGGGGGGCCAGGAGAAGGUUUUGAUGUGGCCAAGACAGGUGAUGCGCGGAUUGGGUUUGUCGGUUUUCCAUCUGUGGGGAAGUCAACGCUGCUCAGUAAUCUGGCAGGGGUGUAUUCUGAGGUGGCAGCCUACGAGUUCACUACUCUGACCACUGUGCCUGGUGUCAUCAGAUAUAAAGGUGCCAAGAUACAGCUUCUGGAUCUCCCUGGAAUCAUCGAAGGUGCCAAGGAUGGCAAAGGUAGAGGUCGCCAAGUCAUUGCAGUGGCCCGAACCUGUAACUUGAUCCUGAUUGUUCUGGACGUCCUGAAGCCCUUGGGGCAUAAGAAGAUCAUUGAAAACGAGCUGGAAGGCUUUGGGAUUCGUUUGAACAGCAAGGCCCCGAACAUCGGCUUUAAGAAGAAGGACAAGGGAGGCAUUAACCUUACAGCCACUGUAAGUGGGGGCGGGCCAUGGGGUGGGGGCCUGGCUGGAGAAAUGGUGGUGAUCAGAUUGACAGUCCUGUCCGCAGCUAGAGGUCAAUAUCCUGUUUGUCUUCUUUCCUAUAGAGUCUAUAUCCCCUGUAUCUAUGUGUUAAAUAAGAUCGAUCAGAUCUCCAUUGAGGAAUUGGAUAUCAUCUAUAAGGUGCCUCACUGUGUGCCCAUCUCUGCUCACCACCGCUGGAAUUUUGAUGACCUUUUGGAAAAGAUCUGGGACUACCUGAAACUAGUGAGGAUUUACACUAAACCCAAAGGCCAGUUACCGGAUUAUACUUCCCCGGUCGUGCUGCCCGACUCCAGGACAACAGUGGAGGAUUUCUGCAUGAAGAUUCACAAAAACCUUAUCAAAGAAUUUAAAUACGCUCUGGUGUGGGGUCUCUCUGUGAAACAUAACCCUCAGAAAGUGGGGAAAGAUCACACGCUGGAGGAUGAAGAUGUCAUUCAGAUUGUGAAGAAGUGACACGCUCCCGUAGCCCCACUGCAGGGCCAGCGCAGCAGCACCAUUGCCCAUGACCCAGCACCCGGCACCAAACCCCUUGGCUUUGCAGCCGUUGGAUCAGGAUUCGGGGGAGGGGAAUGGAAGCUCCCACACUGGAACCUCUCAUCUUGGUGUCAGCUUGAACGUUGACCUGCAUAAAGGACCUGCUCUGCCUGC